AUGGAGAAUAACAGUGGAGGCACAAUGGAGAAAACUAGAGCUGAAGAGAAAAUUCAGAGGGAUAAGAGGAAAUCUGCUGUUCUUAUAGCAGCACAAUCGUUAGAUCAAGAAGUACAGAAUGUUAAAAAUUUGAAAAGAUUAUCUAUAGGAUCCAUGGAUCUUUUAAUUGAUCCAGAACUAGAAUAUACUGUUAACAAUCCAUCAAGCCCUCCAAGUAGUGUCAAUUCACAAAAAUCAUAUUCGAGCAAUGAAACUACAUACGAAACAGCAGAAACAUCCCUGGAUAAGAAAGAGGGUUCAUAUUUGGAAGAUUCUGUAGUUGAUGCUUCAAAUUCAAGUAUAGCUGAUGCCAGUGACAGUUUCGAUACAACAGGUGUAGAAUAUUUGCACGAUGGUAAUGAACCAGUAUCAAGCAAUGAACAACUUGACAGUAUAAAAACAGUUAAAGAAAAUGAAUUAUCACAACCACAGUCGAAGAGAAACUUAUCUGGUAUUGGCGGCCUCAGGAGGAGUUCGAGAAAUGUCACUUCAAAACCAGAAAAUGAGACACAAGUUCUACCGAAGAGAAAAUUAGAAAACAAGAAAGCAUUUACAAACAAUUUGCUGUGGGUUCCAGCUAAUCAACAUCCAAGUGUUAAACCACAGAAUUUUGUAGAAUUAGUACAUGAUACACUUCAAAAUAUGUCACUGGAUGAUGUGCAGACAAAUGAAUCAGAAUCCAAAAAUGAAGUUUCGAAAGAUUUAUUGAAUACAUUUUCAAGAGAUAUGAAUAUGAGAAAUAAAUCGUUGGUACGAAGACCAUCAAGGUUACGAAAAUCAUACACAGAGUUUGAAGAGGAAACUGAAGAAGAGGUAAAACCUACUACCAGCAGUAAUAAUAUUAAUGAAUCCAACAAGAAAAAUGUUCAAGGAAAAAGAGCGGUUUCUUUGAAAGAUAUAGCAGAUGAAUUAACUGUAAUAUCAAAUAAUGUUGGUUUAAGUAACUCUGAUGCUAUUUCUUUAGCCAGAUCCUUAAGCAUUGCAGGUUCCAUAGGAUCAACAUCUGAAGAAGAAGAAGAAGAUAAAGUUUUGAACACUAGCUCUAUAGGACAAUCCGAGGAAGUAUUCGCGUCUAACAUUUUGGCUAAGAAUGGGAUCUCCAUUCCGGCUAGAUCAUCUUUAAGAAGGAGUAAGUUUAAUACAUACAAAAUACGAACUAGUGGUUCAUCCCAAAAGGAUGAACUUUCAACUGCACCUAUAAUACUCAAUAGCGAUGGAGGUAACAUAGGCUCAUUAAGGAGGACCUCGUCUUCUAGUUAUAUAGAAACGAAAAAUAGACAAGAAGGAAUAUUUGAUCAUACACAAAGGAAAUUAUCUUCUGGAAGUAUUGGUUCUUCAGAUAAUUCUACUGGGGCAUUACCAGUCCCUCAUGAUUCUGAUAAAGAUUUUGAUUUGUCUCAUUCGUCCUUUUCAAACGAUAGCAGCAAUAUCUCCAGUGAUUUAUCACUUGAAAGUGUAUUAAUACAUCCUUCUAAUUCACAGUCAAUGCUACAAGAAAAUCUCCACAUAAGCAGUAGUGAUGGCUAUUCACCCAAUAAAGAAUUAGUUUCUGCAUCUAGUUCAAUUCAGAGUGAUCAUGAUUCUCCCAAUGAUCCGCCUACAAAUUCAGUAGACCCUGAUGAUCAUGUAGUAUCUAACAAAUACGAAAUCAAUUCUGAUUUCUUGAAUACUGCAUUUGCAGAGAGAACUAAGUCACAAAAGGUAUUAGCUAAUAGGAGCAACCAUACGAAAAACAGACACUCUCCAAUAAUCACUAAGAUAGAAAAUAAAAAAGGUAAAAAAAAUACAUCAACUUCAAAUUUGGAUGAUAAAGAAAGAUUGCCUGAUUCGAAUUCUAAAUCAUCUGUUUCUUCCAACGGAAAUGUAAGUGAUUCUUCUGAUAAUCAUAAAAUUGAGAACAGCAACUCAUCAUCAAAUGAUAAUGAGCCUUCAAUUCAGGAACACAAGAAGGAAAGGUUUGAGAAGAAGCUUGUUAAUUUAUUUCGAAGAAAAGGUAAUAGCAAAUCACCGGCAAAGGAUAAACUGACUAGGAAAAGUCAAAACCAUGUUAUAAAAAAGAAAAGCUCAUUAACUAAUAUAAGACUUCGUAUUGGUUCUUAUAAGCAAGAGGAGCUAUCGAAUUCUAAAUCAACUAAACCAUCAGAAGAAGCUCAAGAAAAACCAGAGGGAAAUCAAGAUUAUGAACAAGCAGAAGAAGAAAUAAAAGACGUUGGUAUUAUAAAUAGCACAACCGAAGAUGUUUGUCAAGAAGAACCUAUUGAUGAUCCAGCUGAUGACACAGAGGAGGAAGAUUAUGACGCUAACGAAUCUGCUACACAACUGCAGCCGGCCUUGAAUGUUGUGAGAACGGCAAAUGACAACUGUAUAGUGGAAUCUGUUAAUGAGCUUGAUGACGAUGAAGAUUCCCAGGAUUUUAGUAACGGUAGCAUAUACACCGAAUCAAUUGCAUUACAAAAAAAUACUUAUGCUACAAAAGAUGUUACUAUUCAAAAUAAUGAUCUAGCAAAUCAAGCUCCACCUACAAUUCUCCCACCUAGAAAAUUAACAUUUGAAGAUGUGGAAAGGCUAGACAGACCCAACGGUUCAAUGGUUUUCACAGAUAGUGCCUUUGGAUUUCCACUUCCAUUAUUAACUGUCUCAACUGUCAUUAUGUUUGAUCACAGACUUCCUGUUAAUGUAGAAAGAGCAAUUUAUAGAUUAAGCCAUUUGAAAUUAAGCGAUUCGAGAAGAUCAUUAAGAGAACAAGUAUUAUUGAGUAAUUUCAUGUAUGCCUAUCUGCACCUUGUGAACCACUCAUUAUACAUGGAACAAGUUGAAGAAGAAUCAAUGGAUGCUUCAUAUUCAGAUAUGGAUAACAGCGAAAUUGAAACGGCAAUUGCUGAUAAUGACCCAAAUAAAUGGAAUUCGAAUUCUUAUAGAACUAACCAAAACGACGCUCAUGGUGCAAUAUCGAUUCCUGAUUUAUAG